CAUCAUUCCGCGACUAUUGACAUUCCCUUUGCUACCUACAGACCCAAAAACAAUCCCAAGAGAGGGAAAGAAAAGCCGAGACUUCAAGAUGGCGUCCUUCCUAGCAUAUCGCCGAACACUUCUUUCCACUCCAUCCACCACAUCCCGAUUCCUCAUCAUCCAUCCCUUCCGAGCGCUCUCAACCACCAGCCGCAGAGCAGCAGACGACAAAUAUGAUAAUAAAAAAGCCUCAAUACCCUUUGCAAACUCUCCCGCUCCCUUCAGACUCCCAAAAGAAGAACAGGAAAUCUUCGAAAAACUCCAACGGGAAUCUACGGGCGCUUUCAGCACUCCCAAGGUCAACCAGUCCCCGAAUUCGGAGGGAGAUGCACAGGUCCAGGCGUCCGGAAACAAAAGUGAGGGACUGCAUCGUGAUUUCAAUCCUGGGUUGAAGCCGGAAUUCGAAGGGGAGAAGAACCCGAAGACUGGGGAGAUUGGGGGUCCGAAGAAUGAGCCUUUACGCUGGGGUGCGGAGGGGGAUUGGAGCUAUGGGGGGCGGGUUACGGAUUUUUAAAGAAGAUCGUGUAUUGAGUAUACUCAUUAUGAAGAUGAUAUGUUGGCAGAGUUUGGCGUUAGUUAUUAUCUAGGUUCAGGUUUCGUUGAAAUUCCUGAAAUGGUCCGGGAAGAUUUCCAUAUUGGCUGCGCACAUGUUCAUAUCAUACUUUGGAUACAUAAGGAUGUCGGGCUACACGUUUUGUGGGAAGUCUAACUCCAGUUUAUAUGCAAAUGAUAUUAUUCAUAAAUCCUGGU